GCUGCCGUCGGUGAAAUUUAGCGGUAGCUGCGGAGAAAUUCAGCGUAGGGCUGCGUGGCGUCCGACGACAGUUCGGCGGAGAGGCCAUUGCGGGGUUGCGGAACAAGCAACGUGUGCACUGCGGAGACGAACGCGGAAGGCGGAGUGGGAGCUGCCGGCGCUUUCACUUUGUCAGUGUGCUGUAGAAGGGAAAGGGCCCUUGGAGCUUGCUGUGGUUUGCCGCUUGCUGCUCUGGGCUGUCGCUAAGGCAUACGCUGAGGAACGCGCAGAACCUUUUUUGUCGCUUUUUUUUUUCUUUAAGGGAUGGUGCUGA